UGUCCAUAGACACCUCCAAGGUCAUGCGGCCGGCCCCGUUGCCUUCCCACUGGAGCGAUACCUAUUGAUCUAAUCACAUUUGCAUGUUUUCAAAUUGCUAGGUUGGCAGAAACUGGGGCUCGCCCAGUUGUCUUAUUUUUUGUGUCAAAAUGUCCAUUUGUAUAAUGUCCAAUAUUUUGGUUAGCCAGUCUUUCAAAUUCGGAGAUUCUUUUAUUUUCCAAACUCUUGCCAAGGUCAGUCUAGCCGCAGUACUAAUGUGAAAUAGUAUUCUAUCAUCAUUUUUCUUUAAUAUUGAGUUUUAGAAUCCUAGUAGGUAUGUUCUGGUUUUAAUUUGAAUUUGGUUCCUAUCAUCUUUUGUGUCAUUUUGGUGAAUUGUCUUCCAAAAUUCUUUGAUUUUCCCACAUGUCCACCAUUGGUGAAAGAAGGUUCCUAUUUUUUCCCCACAUUUCCAGCAUAAUGUAGAGUUCUUUUUGUUGAAUUUUGCUAAUCUGUCCGGGGUUUAAUGCCAACGGAACUGCAUCUUAUACCAAUUUUCUUUUAUAUCUGUUGCCACUGUGUAUUCCCCCCCCCCCCCCCCCAGAUCUCUUCCCAAUGGUCCAAAUUUAAAUUAUGGCCUACAUCUUUUGCCCAAUUGAUCAUGCAUUCCUUGAUUUGUUCUUUUUCAGUUACCCACAUUAGUAAACGUUGGUAAAGUAUUUUUUAUUAAUUUUGUGUCUUUUUGCAUUAUUAUUUCCCAUAUCCCCUUGUCCGAGUUAAGGCCCAUUUUGGCGUCUUCUUUGUAACUUGAUUGUACUUGAGAAGGAAAAAUAAGACUGAUUGGACAAACGUUAUAAAAUUCCUGAGAAAUAGAAAAAUGGAUCUUACAAUAGAUCUGUCUUGUAUAUAGAAGUGAGCUAAUGGAAAGGAGGCUAGAGAAAAUGACAAAAGUUAAAGGAAAAUGAAAAAAAGUCUCCGAAGCACCGAUGUGAAGUCAAACAGUACUUCAUUUUUUUAUUAAUUUUUUCUUCUCCUCUUUGUUUCACUCCCUUUCUCUCUUCUCACCAUUUUUUACUACUUGAUUUUUGUUCUCCCACUUUCACUGUAUCUACACUUACAAGUAAUAAAUAAAAUUAUGAAAAAAGGAUAGGAAGCCUUGAAUAGAGGUGCAUCAGGCACAAAGAAAUUCUAUGAGGUCAUAAUGGGUUUUUUUAAAAGAAAUAGUCUCUGAUGCCAUUGAUACCUCAAGGGAGCAGCCAGGCCAAGGUUUAAGUAUGGAGAGAAAGCUAAAACCAAGAAGCUUCUUCUAAAAAUACAUUUUUACAUUUGUCAAGUGAGAUGAGAGACAAGCUUUCAUUUCUUUAGUUCCCAUUCCAAACUGAACUAAGCAAAAGUACAUAAAAGACCAAUUGCAGUUUGUAAACAGAUGGCAUUAGAUUAAAAAGAACGUCAUUGUAGUUCAUUUGUAAAUGCAGUUUUGGGCGAAGGCAAUUAGCUGUCAUUUUAAAAUGUACUGUAUAUACUUGAGUAUAAGCCUAGUUUUUUAGCCUUUUUUUAGGACUGAAAAAAAAAACUCCUCGGCUUAUAUGUAAGCCGCCCCGAGUCCCUUCGGGGAGAUGGGGCUGGGUAUAAGAAUAAAGUUAUUAUUAUUAUUAUUAUUAUUAUUAUUAUUAUUAUUAUUAUUAAUAAUAAUAAUAUUCAGGUAAGGGUCCCCGUGGGCUUAUAUUCAGGUUAGCUUAUACUCAGGUAUAUAUGGUAUAUUUAUUAUUUUUCUCUAUUAGUAUUGGUCUUGUUACAUGUAUUAUUUUACUCUAUUAAUUAUUAUUAUUACAUUAAUUAUUUUUCUCUAUUAUUGUUGUUACUUUUACAUUUAUUUUACUCUAUUUUAUUAUUAAUACAUUUAUUAUUUUAUUCCAUUUAUUAUUCCUUUUUGUAAGGUUCUUCUUGCAGGCAUAGAGAACAAUGCAAAUACAUUUUCAUUAGAAAUAUGUAAAUACGAUAAAAUACAUGAGACACUCAACAGUAUGGGUGGACCAUACUGUUCAUUGUAAAAUGCAUACAUAUAAAUCUUAAGGGUAAAGGUUUCCCCUGACGUUACGUCCAGUCGUGACCGACUCUGGGGGUUGGUGCUCAUCUCCAUUUCUAAGCCAAAGAGCCGGCAUUAUCCAUAGACACCUCCAAGGUCAUGUGGCCGGCAUGACUGCAUGGAGCGCCGUUGCCUUCCCGCUGGAGCUGUACCUAUUGAUCUACUCACAUUGGCAUGUUUUCAAACUCCUAGGUUGGCAGGAGCUGGGGCUAACAGCGGGCGCUCAUUCCACUCCCGGGAUUUGAUCCUGGGACCUUUUGGUCCGCAAGUUCAACAACUCAGCGCUUUAACACACUGUGCCACCAAGAGCCCCCAUAUACAUCUUACCUUAACGUUCUUCAUGCAUUUCCAUGAAAUGUAGAUGAUAGAAAUUAUAAUAGCUGUCAGCAGUAGCAGCGCACUACGAAUAAUCCAUGCCUCUAUGGUCCUUUGUGAAACGUCUACGCCAAAAAGAAGACACACAUCUGAUUGCUCUCUUUUCCAAUGUUGUUCUCUUUCUUGAGGUGUUUGUUUUUGAAGUGAACCUUGCAGUGCUCAUCUCCAUUUCUAAGCUGAAGAGCCGGCGUUCUCCGUAGACACGUCCAAGGUCAUGUGGCCGGCCCCGUUGCCUUCCCACUGGAGCGAUACCUAUUGACCUAAUCACAUUUGCAUGCUUUCAAACUGCUAGGUUGGCAGGAGCUGGGGCUAAAAGCGGGUGCUCACUCCACUUCACCACCGGGGCGCCUUAUUCUUCUAGAUGGGAAAAAAACAGAAAUAAAGCCUGGAUUUGUACAGAAUGUCCAGAUUUGAGGAAAUGAUACACAGAAAGCCCGAAUCUGUGUUUAGAAAGCCAAAGUUCAGUCUGUACCAUAAAAAUGUGUGCAAAUUCGUAUUCUCUGUAAAAUUAAGGCAGUUUGAUACCACUCAUGGCCCGGGCUGUGGCGCAGGCUGUUCACUCUUGGUCAAAUCACUCUGAUCAAGAGGUCAUGAGUUCGAGGCCAGCUCGGAGCCUGCUUUUGUCUCUGUCUUUGUUCUAUGUUAAAAGGCAUUGAAUGUUUGCCUAUAUGUGUACAAUGUGAUCCGCCCUGAGUCCUCUUCGGUGUGAGAAGGGCGGAAUAUAAAUACCGUAAAUAAAUAAAUAAAUGCUAUGGAAUCCUUGAAUAUGUUGAGUAACCUAUUACACUGAUCGAACUUUAAAAAUCAUCCUCAUCCAGAUUCUGUCCAGUUUCAUUAUGUUUCACUUUGAUCUCACCGGAUUCUUUCUUACUGGCUGCAAGUUUUUGUGGAACUUUGCUCGUUGCUCAAGAAAACAGCAGAACGCCAUCAUGGACAAGGAGUACUACUACACCAAGGAGGAGCAGUUCAAACCAGUCUUCAAGGACCUGGAGUUCAAGGGCUGGUACACGAUAGAUGGCCCUCCAAACUGGUCAGACAUCCAUGUCCACAAGCAGAUGUAUGAGAUCAUAGAGAACUCCCUCUUCCUCAAGUUGAACCCUGUAAAGAAGUAUCUCCACAAACCCCAUGACAAAAACAUGGACCUGCCCUUCAGCGUCUUUGAAUCCAUGAUCGACAUCAUCAACAGAGAGGCCACAAUGAUCUUUGCGGAGUUGAUGUACAUCUUGGCCACAGAGGAGGCAGAGCGCAUCGAGGUGGACCACGUGGCACAGGUGACGGCCACCACCAGUGGGGAGAACUCCACGGUGGCCGAGUAUCUCAUUGCCCAGCACAGCACCAUCAAAAUGCUUCACAGCCGUGUCAAACUCAUUUUGGAGUAGGUCAAAACUGUCGCACCUCAGUCUUGAUUCACCUUGCUCUAGCACACAAACUCCACAGCAGGUUUGGGUCUUUUUAGUUUAUUAAAGAUAGAUAGUAAAAAAUUCUUCAAAAGUAAAAGUAAAGCAUCAAAAGUCAGUUACAAAUAUAGUAUUGAGUUAUAAGUCCAGAGCUUACCAGGAAUAAACAACAUCCAAAGGAAACAUGACAAAAUCCAAGAAACAUGGAUACAUGGCCUGCAAUAUAAUCCAAAGCACUGCAGGAAAUCUGGAGCUUGCUUCUCCAGUAGCGAGAAAGUUGCUUUGACAACAGCUUUUCCCCAAAGCACCCCUUUUAUCACAUCACUCUUUGCAACACAUGAAAGUAUUUCUUUGCCCUCUCACCUCCCCUCGGCUGUUUGCAAUCCUUACACUACGCCAUACUCUCAAUUCCAAAUGCUCAGCUCUAUCUAAGAAGCCCAUCCCAUCAAGGCCAGUUUGCUCAUUAACUCGCUGAGAUUCAUUAGUAAGCUGGGAAUCUUCCAACCUCCCAUCCUCCAUUCUCAAGUCAGUGUACACCUGGCU